GCAAACCAAUAAAAGCCAAAGAAGAAGAAGGCGUAACCGGAUAUAUGUCAUAAUGUGACAGUGCGAUGCGGCAAAGACGCAUCUGGUUGAGAGUUGGUUAGGAGAAUUGAUAGUUUUUAAUUAAAAUGAGCUCGAUCGGGACCGGGUAUGAUCUGUCGGCCUCUACCUUCUCUCCAGAUGGACGAGUGUUUCAGGUGGAAUAUGCCAUGAAGGCCGUAGAGAACAGCAGUACGGCCAUUGGGAUCCGUUGCAAGGAUGGCAUUGUGUUUGGUGUGGAGAAGCUUGUCCUGUCCAAACUCUAUGAGGAGGGCUCCAACAAACGCAUCUUCAACAUAGACCGACACGUUGGAAUGGCUGUAGCUGGUCUUCUGGCUGAUGCUCGCUCACUGGCAGAUGUUGCUAGAGAAGAGGCCUCCAGUUUCAGAUCAAACUAUGGGCAUGAUAUUCCCCUGAAGCACCUGUCCGACAGAGUGGCCAUGUAUGUCCACGCGUACACACUAUACAGUGCAGUGCGGCCGUUUGGGUGUAGUUUCAUUCUGGGAUCCUAUGAUAUGGAUGACGGCCCUCAACUAUACAUGGUCGACCCCUCCGGCAUUUCCUAUGGUUAUUGGGGUUGUGCUAUUGGAAAAGCAAAACAGGCAGCCAAAACAGAAAUUGAAAAACUACAGAUGAAGGACAUGACGUGCAGAGAGCUGGUGAAAGAGGUGGCCAAAAUAAUUUACAUUGUCCAUGAUGAGGUGAAAGACAAAGCCUUUGAGCUGGAACUCAGUUGGGUGGGAGAAGUCACAAAUGGACACCAUGAGUUGGUUCCGACAGACGUCAGGGAGGAAGCUGAGAAAUAUGCCAAGGAGUCUUUGGAGGAGGAGGAUGACUCUGAUGAAGACAACAUGUAAACUGUGCUGAAGUCUGACCAUGGCUCCUACCAGCUCAAACCUAGCGUGAUUCUUUUCUUUUUAUAUGUACGAGUAUGUUCAUGAACUUUCAUGUCAAUUUUUUGAAUUUCAGAUAUGAAAAUAAACUGUUUCUGUAUGAAUUGU